AUGUCUCUCUUGCGCUCUUGUCAGCGGGCUGUACAGCGGCCAACCCUGGCUAGGGCGACCGUCGCUGCUGCCAGGACGUAUGCUACCGACUCCAAUAUCCCUCAGGCGGCGGAACAGAAGCAGGACUCCGAGAUCGCUGAAGCCCCUCCGCGAGAUGUUGUCACUGCAGACCUCGUCAGCGGCGCGCCCAAGGAGCUGCGCCAUCGCGCGGUAAGGAUCUUCCAGCCCACCCGUAGCACCACCCAGAGCGGACCCGGCAAGUCCAACCGUUGGCGGAUUGAUUGGGACAUUCUCCCCGGUGGAGGUCGUUGGGAGAACCCCCUCAUGGGAUGGGCUAGCUCCGCGGAUUACAUGCAAGGCACUCGCUUGUCCUUCAAGACGAAGGAGGACGCCAUUCACUUUGCGGAGAAGCAGGGUUGGGACUACUACAUCGGCCCUACUGAGAUCAACCGCAUUCCUCCCAAGAACUACUCGGAGAACUUCUUGUACAAGCCUAGCCAGCUCCGUAUUAUCCGCACGAAGUAG